CAAUUUGUACUUCUCUUGCACUUGAAAGAUAGAAGUGAUCACCCCGCACAUUGCAAAUCCAAACAAUCUGGUAAAAAGUUCUUGGCAAAUACCUUCUUUUCAAAUGCAAGAUGCCCGCGAUCGAAAAUUGUAGGACGUCACCUCUCAACAGUUGUCGGUGAUUGUAACGAGUUUGUCUGAGCUUUCAGCGUCUACAGUCGGUAGUUAUAUCAGCCCUUGACGCAAACCGCCAGUCUGCUGGGGCACCCCAUGUACACGUAUAGGUACACACUUGGUCCCAUGCAUUUUGUACUAAGAAUGUGAUCUUCAGGUGCUGGUCGUACAAAGUCGGCGAUAGAGUGAACACUAAGUUCUUGCUCUCUUCAUGCUGAUCACUCCUUCGGAAAGCGAUCGUUUGGGUUACUAAAGCGCUCAAAAUUGGAGGACAAAUAAGCAUUUUCACAUGUUAGCAAUUCAGUAUAUUAAGAAAUCACUCUCCAAUACUCCCUUUCCGGAAAAGGUUACCGUCCAUCCGUGCAUGCGAGGUGCAGCUUGAAACGAUAGAGGUAGACGAGAAAAAGAGGCAAGAGUGCCAAGGCAGAGCGCUGCAACAUGUACAACAUCCUUAAAUCAAUAUUUCAUUGUGUUUUAUCAUGUAUGUCUCCAUCUUUGAAUCAUUCACUCCGACCGCAGCAGUUUUCAGGCCACCUUG